AGGAGGUGGAGUGGGCUUUGGCUUCAGAAUCAAGUGCGAGAAAAAGGAAGAGCGCAUCUCGGUGAAGUAGUUCACCUUCUUCAUCAUAUUCUCUGUAUCGCUAAACUCGAAUAAAUAUACGAAUUUAGAGAAAGCAGAGGGGAAUAUGAUGAUUUUUUGAUGGGCAAAACUUGAUGGUAGAUUUGAGAGUCAUGGGAAAUUACAAGCCUAUCAAGAACUACGAUGAGGACGAUAAUGAGCAAAGCAGGUUGGAUCCUUGUGGAAUGCUGCAGGCAAGGGGACGAGACGAUGUAGAGAUGGCUCUUCCGAUCUCUGAAUCAAGAUCUGCCAAUGCUUACGCCAAUGAGGAAAGAUUGAGUAAGAAAAUCGAUGAUCACUCCCUCUCGUCUUCCAGGAACCAACCUCAACGUCUUGUUUCACUUGACGUUUUCCGAGGUCUCACCGUUGCGCUGAUGAUACUGGUGGAUGACGUUGGUGGACUCAUUCCAGCGAUUAAUCAUUCCCCAUGGAAUGGUUUAACACUAGCGGAUUUUGUCAUGCCCUUUUUCCUUUUUAUAGUUGGUGUUUCGCUUGCACUUACAUACAAGAAGAUGUCUUCCAGAGUGGUCUCAACUAGAAAAGCAAUUAUGCGAGCACUUAAACUUCUGGCGUUAGGCGUUUUUGUUCAAGGAGGAUUUCUCCAUGGCCUCAAUGAUCUGACAUAUGGAGUGGAUAUUAAACAGAUCAGAUGGAUGGGUAUACUACAGAGAAUUGCAGUAGCAUAUUUGGUUACAGCACUAUGUGAGAUUUGGCUCAAGGGUGAUGAUACUGUUAAUUCAGGAUCAUCUCUACUAAGAAAGUUUCAAUACCAGUGGGGUGUGGCUCUGUUUCUUACUAGCAUUUAUCUUUCCUUGCUAUAUGGCUUGUAUGUUCCUGAUUGGGAGUAUCAGAUUCCAACAGAGCCUUCUUUACCACCAAAGAUAUUUUCUGUUAAAUGCGGGGUUAGGGCUGAUACUGGACCAGCUUGUAACGCGGUUGGAAUGAUUGAUCGUAAGAUAUUGGGCAUACAGCAUUUAUACAGGAGACCAGUUUAUGCAAGGAUGCAAGAGUGCAGUAUUAAUUCCCCAGACUAUGGACCCCUGCCUCAUGGUGCUCCCUCUUGGUGUCAAGCCCCUUUUGAUCCUGAAGGACUCCUUAGCUCAGUGAUGGCUAUUGUUACCUGCUUGGUCGGCCUGCAGUACGGACAUAUUAUAGUCCAUUUUAAGGACCACAGAGUGAGAAUCCUACACUGGAUGAUCCCAACUUCUUGUCUAGUAGUCUUUGGUUUUGCCUUGGACCUAUUUGGGAUGCACAUAAAUAAGGUUCUGUACUCAUUCAGUUAUAUGUGCGUCACUGCUGGUGCUGCUGGCAUUCUCUUUACGGGAAUUUACUUGAUGGUUGAUGUAUGUGGAUAUAGUCGCGUUGCAACGGUCAUAAAAUGGAUGGGUAUGCAUGCUUUAGCGAUUUAUAUCCUUGCAGCUUGCAACGUAUUGCCUAUCGUCCUCCAAGGAUUCUAUUGGGGCCGCCCACAGAAUAAUAUCCUUAGGUUGAUCGGAAUCGGAACUUGAAUGGAGGAGGCAGAUAAGCUGAUGAAUUAGGUUUAUUUGGAGUUCGAAGUUUAACUCUGGGCUAAUUGUAGAGUUUUGGACACGGUUCGACAACACGUGGAUCGCACUCCGAAUUUAUGGGCUAGACCCUGUUUAGGAGCCAGCCUUCGCCUCUAGUUAUGUAACAUGGUUUAGUUUAGUUAGUACACAACGAAGUGGAAGAUCUCCCGAUGAACUAAAAUUUGACUGAACUUCAAUGGGAAAUUUUAGUUUUCCAUUAUUAUUAA